AACAACAACAACAACAACAACUAGGAGUGAAUCUAUCUAAAAUAAAUAAAAUGAUUUUCUUUUUUUCUUUUUUCUUUUCUUUUUCUUUUUGAUUUUCUCCAUAUUAAAUUAUUUAAAAUAAAUAAAUAAAAAUAAUAAAUGAUCAAUAUACAAUAUUAUUAUUAUUAAUUUCUUAUUAUUUAAAUAAAAAUGUAUGGAAUAAUAAUAUUAAUAAUAAAUAAAGAAAAUGAUUAAUGAUUAUAAUUUAAUGAACAAUUUCUAUUUAUUAAAACGACCAUGUAAUUUUUUAUAAUUAAUUAAUGGCCAUUAGGUUUUGGCGAACUAUUUAUUUAAUUAUUAAAACUAUUUAUUAUAUGAAUUUAUUUAUAUCAAAAUAUUUAUUAAUAUUAAAAACUAUUAAUGGAAAUCAAUUAAAUAAUCAAUUAAAUGAAUUAGAUAUUUAUCAAAAUAAUCCAUAUCCAUCAUUAUCACAAUUAGAAUCAUAUCGUAUUAAUAAUCGAUUAAAUACUAAUGUAAAUCAAUCAUAUAAUUUUUAUACAUCUAAUCCAUAUCAAUCAUAUAUGCCAAUUGAUAGAUUUAUUAAUAUAUCUUAUCCUACAUCUAAUAUACAUGAAAAUAAAUGGAAUGCUUAUUUCAAUCGUGUAAAUAAUCAAUAUAUCAAUCAUAGUUCUAUUAGUCAAAUUAGUAAUAGUAAUAUUUAUAGUAAUAAUCAAUCAUAUGAUACCUCUAUACCUACUAACUUCCCCAAUCUAGUAUCUACAUCAUCAAUAUCUCCUUUCUCUUCUACAUCAUCAUUAUCAAGAUCUACAACAUCAUUAGGUAUAGUAUAUACACCUGAAAUAUCACAUCCUUUUUUAACCGGUGAAUCAGAAACAGAACAAAUUUUAAAAUAUAUAUUGACUAAUUAUAAAUCACAUGAAAGACCAAAUGAAAAUUCACAAGAUCCAACUAUUGUUAGUGUAUUCAUUCAUAUUAUAGAUAUAUCAUCAAGUAAUGUAGUACAAAUGGAGUAUACAAUUAAUUGUUAUUUACGUCAACAAUGGUAUGAUUCACGUUUAUCAUGGGAUACUAAUACUUUAUUAAGUAAUAAUAUUAAAGAAUUAUUAUUAAAUCAACAAAAAAAUCAAUUAUGGUUACCUGAUUUAUUUUUUCGUAAUGGUAAAUCAGGUUUUUUACAUGAUAUGUCACAACCAAAUUAUUUAUUACGUGUUAAAUCUAAUGGACAAAUAUUAUAUAGUCAAAAAAUUACUAUGACAUUAUCAUGUCAAAUGUAUUUAAGAAAAUUUCCAAUGGAUAAACAAGAAUGUACAGUUAAUAUUGGUUCAUAUGGAUAUACAAUUGAUCAAUUAAAAUUUAUAUGGCAUCAUGAUAAACCGGUUACUAUAUCAAAUAAUUUACAAUUAUUAGAAUUUGAAAGUCCACAUGGUGCAUAUACUUUGGAUUGUACAAAAAAUGGUACAACAAAUACUGGAACUUAUAGUUGUCUAUUAUUAAUUAUACCACUUCGACGAUUAAUUGGUUCUUAUAUUGUUACAACUUAUAUUCCAGAAGUUUUAAUUGUUAUGGUAUCAUGGUUAGGAUUUUGGAUUGAUAUUAAAGCAGUACCAGCUAGAGUAACAUUAGGUUUGUUAACAUUACUUGGUUUGUUAACUGAAAGUAGCAGUGUUAGUUCACAAUUACCUAAAGUAACCUAUUUAAAAGCAAUUGAUGUUUGGUUAACGGUUUGUUUAUUAUUUGUCAUCGCAGCGUUAGCUGAAUUCGCUUAUGCAUAUUUAAUGACACCUAAAAGUGACAGUCCUGAAUGGGAACCAGAAGUGAGAGAUUUAGUUAAAACUUUAUUAGUAAAUUAUACUGGUGAAAUUCGUUGUUGUUGUUGUUUCACAAAGAAUCGACAUCAUAAACCAAUUUUCAGAGAUAAUAAUAAUAAUCAAAGAUCUCGGUCACAUCAACCACAAUCCCACAUAGAUAAUAAACAUAAAAAAUUGAAUUCACAUACAAGGGAUAUUGAAUCUGAUCCUGAAUUUACAAUGAAAUCAAUGAAAAAAUCGAGUAGAACAAGUAGAUCAAGGCAUAUCAAAUCAACAAAUCUACAUUGUAAAGUUUGUGAGUCUUAUCAACCAGUAUGUUGUACUUGUCCAGCUUGUGCUCGAUUAAAAUGUCCUGAAGCACCAAGAAAAAAACAAAUACAAGUAAAAAUGUCAACAAAACAUUCAAAAUUAAAAUCAAUAAAAUCAAUAAAUCAUAAUAAUGAAAAUAAAAAAUCAUAUCAAAUUAAUUCUAAUUUAAUUAAUUCAUCACCAAUUAUAAAAUCAAUAAAAAAAACAAAAUCUAUUCAACAAAAAAAUAAACAAUCAAUAAAUAUUGAUUCAUGUCAUAUAUUAAUUGAACCAUUAUAUCAAGAAUUAUUAUUAAAUAAACAACCUAAAAAAUCAGCAUUAAAAAUCAAUAAUUCAAUCAUAAAUAAUAAUAAUUUAAUAAAUUCAAAUAAACAAUUAAAAAUUACAACAUUUUUAAAUUAUAAAAAACAGAAUAUAAUCAAUAAUAAAUCAAUAAAACAAAUCAAUGAUAAUAAACAAGAACAACAACAACAACAACAUCAUUAUUAUUAUCAUGAUCAAAUUAAUCAAUCCAAUCAAAAAUUAUGGCAUAAUAAAAAUAUUUUAAAUAAAUGUUUAUCAUGUUUUAAAUGUAUGUUACCAUGUCAACAAAAACAAUCUUUAAUAAAUAUGAAUAAAAUAUUAUCGAAUUCAAAAAAAUGUAAAUCAAUAAAAUUUAUAAAUCCUACUAAUACUACUAAUAUUACUCAUAAUGAUAAUAGUAGUGCAUUAUAUGAAUCAAAAAUUGAUGCAUAUAGUCGAUUAAUUUUUCCAAUAUCAUUUUCUGUUUUUUUAUUUAUUUAUUGGUUUUUUUAUUUAAUAUUAGCUAAAGAUUAAAUUUUUUUUUGAAAAGAAAAAUAAAGAGAAAAGAAAAGAAAAAGUGAAUAAUAAUAAUAAUAAUAAUAAUAAUAAUGAGAACAAUGUAAUUGUUGUAUUUGAUACGUUUGUCAAUUACAGUAGGACGAUAAUCAUGAUGAUGACGAUGGUGACGGUAAUGGUAAUGAUGUUGGUGUUGGUGAUGUUGAUGGUGAUGAUGUUGAUAAUGAUAAUCAGUGAUAAAUCAAUAAUUUUUAAUUGUAUCAUCUAAACUUCCUUGACU